UUUUUUUCUACCUUUCUUUCUUUCUUUUUUUUUCGAAACUGGAGCCCUCGUCGAAUUUUUCUCUCUCCCUUUCUCUCUCCCUCUUUCUUUCUCCUUCUCUCUCUUAAAAUAAUCCAUCGAUCAUGAAGAUCGUUGGAUCGAUCCUAAUCUUUCUCAUAAGCGUGAACGCGAUCGAACAGGUUCGAUACGAUUUAAAAAAGAGAUAUUACAAUCGUCCAAGUACGUCGUCGUCGUCGUCGUCCUGGAGACGUAGUCAAUUGGACGUUAGACUCGACGACGAGAGAACGGUUACGACUCAACGAUCGAUCUAUCGCCAGAAUAAACUUCAUUUACCGUCGAUAUUUUUCGAGGACGAUGACAAUUUCCGUUUAACGCGUAAUGGGAAUGUUGAGAAGAAUUUUGAGGAUAGUGAGAGCAACGAUUAUCUUAUCUCCGAUAGAACGACCAAUCAACGACGAAAGUUUUCACGUGAGCAUCGUGCUAUCGGGAACACUAUGAAAAAUAUCGUGACGUUGCCAACAUCGGAGAAAGAAAAUUAUCGUUACGUUUCUAACGUUCGUUAUAACGAUCGACCUGACAACGAAGGAGAGAACGAAGAUCAAGAUCAAGACGACGAUCAAGACGACGAUCACGACGAUCGUGAUGGCGACGAUGAUUCGAAAUAUUAUUCGUUGACCAUUGCCAACGACGAAAGGUUUAAUAAUCGCGAUCAAGAAGACAUUUGGAACACUCCGAAAGAAACCGACGUAUUUUUCUCCGACGGCGAUAUCACAGACGUCAAAGAAUUUUUGGAUGAUAUUAAAAGAAAAAUGAACAACGGGGAUUACGAUAAAUAUUUCGGUAGUGGUUACAGACAAGGUAGAAGAAGGAAGUUGACCAGUCAACAGCAAGGUGUCCUAUUGGUCGAGACACUCAGAAAGAAAAGAAAUCAGAGCGACACCGAUGAUUAUCGGGGACAUACCGCUUCGAAUCUUCAAAGCGGCAUCAUGGAUAUGUUGGGCAGAAUGAUACCACAAACUUGCAAAUACAAGGGGACGAAAUUCGAGUGUGGAUUAAGUAUCAGUUGCGUCUUGGCCGGCGGUAGACCGGUCGAUUUGUGUUCCGGUGGAUUGAUUUGGAGUUGUUGCGUCGACGAUGACGAUAUCCCGGAGAAAAUACCAAGACCGAGCGUUGGAUUGCUUCAGAAUGCGACAUUUUCGAUAAAUCUGGCGCAUCAGCAGCCGUACGUUGAGGACAACGUACAGAUCUAUGGUAGCAGUAUGAGACCUAGCAAACCCACGUACUCGGAAGACAUCCAUAGACCAAGUUAUUCCUACGUCGUGAACAAUCCAAGCAAACCUACUUGGCAACACCACCAACAUCAGUCUCAGCAUCACCAUCAUCAACAACAACAACAACAACAACAACAACAACAACAACCACAACUACAACCACAGCAGCACGAUCACGAUCGUCCAGGUUACGUGACACGUCCUACAAUCUAUCGUCCACCAACGGUUCAAUUCGAUUAUCCGCAGGACGAAUACGAUUCGUCUUAUCAUCCUUCUAACACUGGGAUCCAUGUGCCAAUCGACGAUGUCACCAACUCGUUGGAUUAUUCACAAUAUCGUGGCUGCGGCGAACUUUAUACGAGAAGCAAUAGGAUCGUUGGCGGGCACAGUUCGAGUUUCGGGAGUCAUCCAUGGCAGGCUGCUAUCAUAAAGUCGGGAUUCCUGACGAAGAAAUUAUCCUGCGGUGGUGCUCUGUUGAACAACAGAUGGGUCGUAACGGCAGCUCACUGUGUUGCAACGACACCAAACAACAAUUUGAAAGUUCGACUAGGUGAGUGGGACGUGAGAGACGCCUCGGAACGUUUGCUUCACGAAGAAUUUAACAUCGAAAGGAAGGAAGUUCAUCCACAAUAUUCACCGACGGAUUUCCGUAACGACGUAGCUUUGGUCAAAUUGUCGAGGACCGUAGCGUUUAAGCAGCACAUCGUACCAGUUUGCCUGCCGGCUAGAAAUCUAAAGUUAUCAGGUCGAACGGCAACCGUUGCCGGAUGGGGAAGAACUCGUCACGGUCAGAGUUCAGCACCUUCGGUCUUGCAAGAGGUCGACGUAGAGGUGAUACCUAACGAAAGAUGUCAAAGGUGGUUCAGAGCGGCUGGUAGACGCGAAACCAUACACGACGUAUUUCUAUGCGCUGGUUACAAAGAAGGCGGUAGAGAUUCCUGUCAAGGUGAUUCCGGUGGACCAUUGACCAUGUCCGUCGAAGGCAGACACGUGUUGAUCGGUUUAGUUUCAUGGGGUAUUGGUUGUGGACGUGAACACUUGCCAGGUGUAUAUACUAAUAUUCAGAAGUUCGUGCCGUGGAUAGACAAAGUUAUGAGUUGAGAUUUCAUACGAAGACACGUUCUGUUGUUCCUUUUGGAAAUAAGAGAGAGAGACAAACAGACAAUAUGAGAGAGCGAGUGUGUGACAGAGAGAGAGAAAGAGAGAGAGAGAGGAGGAAGGGCAAGGAGAAAGCGAGUGAAUAAAAUACUCGAAAGAUCGGUCGUGUAGUGCGUUAACGUUUGUAAAGUUACCAAAGCUACUACCAUUAACUUUCGAAGAGACUUUUGUUGUGUUGAAAAUGACGUAAAAAAAAAAAGAAAAAAAUUAAUAAUAAUAAUUACAAUGGCGACGUUCUUUUACGUAUGCGUAUGCGAAAAGUAAUUUUAAUUAAA